UCCGUGAAUGUGCCCGGUCCUCCAUCCAGCUUUUUUCUCCCCUCAUACCAGAGACGAAGGGGCGUAAACGAUACAUUGUAGUCAAGCUAGCUGUUCUGUAUGUAACAUCAAGUCAAACGGUGAGAGUAUCACACAAAAAUACGAGGAAAAGACUACCGUGUUGUUUUAUAUCGGUUCGGUUGGAGGUUAAAAAAUAUUAAAUUGUGAGUCCUCGGAACCUGCUGGUCCCCAGGUCAACCUGAUGAGUAUGAGCCUGGCUACAGAACCCCCUAAUGAUGUUCCCGCUGUUACAGAAGAAAGCAAAAUGACCGCAGUCCCUGAAAAGAAGGACAAGAAGCCAGAGGAUGUGGCAGAGGAAGAAGAGGAGGAGGAAGAAUAUGUGGUGGAAAAGGUCCUGAAUCGGCGGGUGGUGAAAGGGAGAGUAGAGUAUCUUCUGAAAUGGAAAGGCUUCUCUGAGGAAGACAACACGUGGGAGCCAUCAGACAAUCUAGACUGUCCGGAUUUGAUUGCAGAAUUCCUGCAGUCCCAGAAAACAGCACAAGAGGGAAAAAGAAAGGCGGCUGGAGACGCAGAAGGAGACGACAGUAAGACGAAGAAGAAAAAAGAUGAUACCGAGAAGCUAAGGGGCUUUGCUCGAGGAUUGGAACCAGAGAGGAUUAUUGGUGCCACAGACUCCACAGGAGAACUCAUGUUCCUCAUGAAAUGGAAAAACUCAGAUGAAGCUGACCUGGUGCCGGCGAAAGAGGCCAACGUGACAUGUCCGCAGGUGGUCAUCUCUUUCUAUGAGGAGAGACUUACAUGGCACUCGUAUCCCACCGAAGACGAGAAAAAAGAGGAGAAAAUCUAACACAGGGCCAGGGGUGAGGGGGAAAGAGAAACUGUAGUUUUGAACUUCAUUGUACUUUUGAGAAGGAAUUUGUGGGGUUGAAUUGGGGGGGGCAGCAAAGACAAGCAAGACUCCAUUGAACUCAUACGUCUUGAUGUAGUAUCACUCAUUGGAUUCUACUUUAAUCCAGAUAUACUCUAACUGUAAAUAUAAGCUUUAGGUUUGCUAGACAAAUCCCAAGUGAAAUGUAAAACGCAGUGUUAUUUUUCAGUAUCGGCAGAAAGUAUUCACUUUCGUUUUCUUAAAAAAAUAAGUGGGUCCAGUGCCUGGUCUUCUUGUUAUGAAAUUGUAUCAGUGAGGUAAUGUUUGGAUUUCAUUCGUGUGCCUUUAAAAAAAAAUUCUACUUUGGUUCAUUUGUGCUUUUGAGAGCAAACCUGAGUCAGUCCUGGCUGUUGUUUUGUGUACGGUUACAAACUCUUUUCAUUGAUUCAUUUGUUAUCUUUGAAGUGUUUAACAUGUUAGGUUAUGCUUGCCGGUUUUGGAAAAUAAACCACUUUUUGUUACUUUGGUGGUUUUGCUUUGAAUAAAAACAGGAUUAUUACCUUA